AUUGAAUUAAAUAAACGGCAAAACAGUGUUUGAAUGCAUGACUGAUAGCGCCGUCUAUGGGUUGAAGUGGACGUCAUUUAUUGACUUCCGUUUCCUUUUGGUUUCGGUCUUUCAUUCACUCAAAAGAUCCCAAGACGUGUUGAGACACGAAAUAAUUGGUCGAAGAGAUGGCGAAAAUGAAUAAAUUGGUGACUUCUGCCCGAAGGAAGAACCGGAAGAAUCACUUCAACGCUCCGUCACAUAUCCGCCGACGGAUCAUGUCUUCGCCGCUCAGCAAAGAGUUGAGACAGAAGUAUGGCGUCAGGUCUAUACCCAUCAGGAAGGACGACGAGGUCCAGGUGGUGAGAGGUCACCAUAAGGGUCAACAGGUGGGCAAAGUGGUGCAGUGCUAUCGGGCAAAGUAUGUCAUUUACAUCGAGCGCAUCCAACGAGAGAAGGCCAACGGCGCCAGUGUUUACGUCGGUAUUCAUCCUUCAAAGGUAUGCCUCCCCUUCCCGUCGGAUCAGGUCUUCAGUCCAUUCGCUGCUCAUAUGACACACUCCAAUCGAUCGGUGAUUGUGUUUACAGAAGAGGAAGCGAUGGAAAUGGAGAACGAGAAGCAGAUCAUUGCCACCAGGAAUAAGCUUAAGUCUCCUUGGGAUGAGUCGGAAGCACAGCUUCUCGGGUCUGUCGUGAAGGAGAAUAAGAUGAAAGACAAGAAGAUCGCCGAACUGAUUCUGGCCGAACGGUCUUUACAACAAGAGUUACGAGAGAUCCGCGAAGAGAAAGUAGUUUUGGAAAAACAACUCAAAAACGAGAAGUUGAAUGGCAUUAAAGCCAUUGAAGAGUUGCAAGAAAUGCAUGCAAUUGUCGACAAA